CCCUUCUCUAACGUACUAACGUAUUUUUUUUUUCUCAUCUCAUCUGGAAGCCCGGAGCCUGGAGACAGAACCACAAAAGCCGGCAUUGAGAUCGAGUUCUUAUUCGUGAUACAACUGCUCGUCUGGAUAAUCACAAAGUUGAAAAAACAUCAGCUACGAUGACAAAAUCAAAGGUAGCUAACAAACAACAACUAAACAAUUCCAAGAGUAGUUUACAUCAUUCAAAGGAUGGAUCGAUCCAGAAAAAAAAACAGCAGAAAUUUAAAAACACACCGACAGGCAAAGUUCAUUUGAUCAAUGGAACCCCUUCAAAAUCGAAUGGGAAGCAAAUUUCACCUCAAAACAGUAAUGGAGGGAUGAAAUUACCAAAAUCUCCUAAGUCGCCAAAAUCCCCAAAAUCACCAAAGGACAAUGGGAGUAACAAAACGUCUUCAAAAGAUGAGAAAAAGCAAAAAGAGGAAGAAGAAGAUUCUGACGAAGAUUUCAAUGAAGGAAUCAGCAUCACUGAAAUAGUCAGUGGCCAAGAAGACGAAGAAGAUGACGAUGAUUCGUCUGAUGAGGAUGCUGUGCCAGAUGUUCUAAAAACAACUUUACCCGACGCCACUGACGAAUCUGAUACUGAUUUUGAUGUGACGACUGCUGAAAACAAAGGAGUCAAGAUGUUUAGAGGUGUGGGAAAAGUGAAACAAGAAUCGGAACAAUCAGACGAAGAAGAUGAUGAAGACGAUGAGGAUGAUGAAGAAGAUGAGGACGAUGAGGAUGAUGAGGAUGAUGAUAAACCGGUGCUUGGAUUGUCAGCUCUUCUUGGUGAUUCAAUUAAAGACGAAUCUGGAGAUGAAGAUUUUGUAGGCUUGGAAAAUUCCGAAGAUGAUGACGACGAUGACGACGAUGAUGAUGAUGAUGAUGAGGAGGAGGAAUCUGAUGAUGAAAUGGUUGAUCAAUCUCUCAACUCGUCAAACGUCACAUCCACCGAUGAUGAUGAUGAUGAAGAGGAUGAGGACGAAAAUGACGAUGAUGAUGAUGACGACGAAGAUGACGAAUCGAUGCCUGGCCUCACUGAUCUCCUUGGAACUUCUCUGGCUGAUGACUCCGACGAUAAUGACUUUGAAGCAGAUGAUGACGAAGAUGAAGACGAGGACAUCAGUGAUGAAGAAGAUAACGAAGAGGUUCCAGAAUCCAAGAAUAAGAACAAGAAAGAAAAGAAAUCCACCUCCGAAUCUCCUAAGCAAACUCCUGAAGAGAAAGCUGAACAGGACAAAAGAACCAUUUUUGUAGGCAACCUUCCAAAGGACGUCAAAGUUCAAGUUUUGGCUAAAGAAUUCAAGAAAUUUGGUCCCAUCCAAUCUAUUAGACUCAGAGGAAUAAUACCUGAAGAUCCAAAAAUGUCAUUGAAAGUUGCUGCGAUCAAGAAGAAAUUCCAUCGGAAAAGCGGCAACAUAUGUGCCUUCAUAGUCUACAAGGAUGAAGAGUCUGUCCAGAAAGCUCUUGCCGUGAAUGGGAAAAUGUUCCAAGGCAAUUACUUGAGAGUCGAUCGCUCACAGAGGCCCAGUGCAGGAGAUAAAAAGAAAUCGGUAUUUCUGGGAAAUUUGCCCUUCACUGUCGAAGACAACGAGUUAUGGGAAGCUUUCAAAGGUUGCGGAAGAAUUGAAUCAGUUCGCAUCAUCCGACAUCGUCAGUCGGGUCUCGGACGUGGAUUUGGUUACAUAAAUUUCGAAACUUCGGACGGUGCUGUGCUCGCUUUGAGUCUAGAUGGUACUGAAAUCAGCAAUCGAAAAGUUCGCGUCACAGCUUGCACUUCUCGAGAGGCGUCGAAGAAGCAGCAGCAAAGUCCCGAAAAAGGUGGCAAAAGGAAGCAUCAAUCGGAAAGCGAAUCGAACGAUUCACCGAAAAAAGUGAAAACCGAGAACUCCGAAGGAGUAGAGCGUGCGACCCACAACAGUUUGAAUGCGGAGAGACGCAAGAAAAAAAGCAACAAACGUUCUCAAGGUGACAAACAGAGAGCAAAAGCAGCCUCGGCCAGUCCGAAGAGCGACAACAGUCCGCAAAAAUUCCAAGGUCAAACCGGCGGUACCAAAAAUAAGAAAGAAAAACAGGACAAGACUUCGAAAAAGAAAAAGCAAAUAGCCGCGAAGUUGCUCGCCAAGCCGAAAAAACCAUCGACGAAUUGAAAAUGUUUCUAAUUUUCAUUAAGUUUCUCUAUUCUUUUUUUUUGUUUUUUCUUUUAUCGUUUUUAGCUACGUCAAAUAUUUAUGGUAUAACACGUCGAUAUAACCGUAACGUUGAGCCAUGUGUGUCACCAAGAAUUCAAUUCCGUACUUGGUUCGAACUUGCUUGCUGAGUUUUUAUGCAUCAUCGACUUUCCUCAUUGAAAAUUCCAUUUUUUUUUAAUUCAUCCAUUAAAAAGACGAAUGUAUAUAACACGUUUAUCACAUUAGAUGUAGAUGGUAAUGAUAUAUUAUAAAAAAAACAUGCGCAAAUGUACUAGAGAAUUAAAAAAAGGAACGCGUAAUGAA